AGAAAUUUAAACAACUGAAUGGAAAUGAAGGUGUCUCCCGGGCUCGUGCUCUGCGUGUCUGUCACCAUUCAGCUCGCGCUGCCUCAGCAUCAACUACGCGUGCGCCCGUUGCCUAGCGACCACCUGCCAGUACCGGAUCUGCAGGAGGACCCGAACCCGGCGCUUGAACCGGGGCAGAGGGAUUUACUUCCUCGCUUUCUGUGGCAAAAACUCGGCAGCAGUUUUGACCCCCGCUAUUCCUCCAUUGACCCCCCGACGCGGGAUAACGGGUCCGAGGUCACGCAAGAGCCGGCGAUUGGUGUCGGACCGAUGCCUCGUGAGUUUCAGGAGCUAACAUUCGCAGAUCUCAAAGCGGGAUGGAAAACGCAGCGCAGAGUUCGGCGGUGGUUGUGGUCGUACACCCGGUGCCCGGUGGCGUCUGUCUGGAAGGAUCUGGGCGUCCGGUUCUGGCCGCGAUACGUCAAGGAGGGACGUUGCACGAGCGAACGGUCGUGUUCUCUACCGGUGGGCAUGUUUUGCAAACCGGUAGAGUCCGUGAGCGUCACGCUGCUGCGUUGGCACUGCCAGGGCUCGCGCGCACUCAAGAGCUGCGCAUGGAUCCUUGCGCACUACCCAGUGAUUUCACGAUGCGGGUGUGCGUGCUAAUGCUGCAUGGUUCAUAUAAUUUGGGUUUAGAUGGUUCAUGUGGAUGACAGGAUGAAUCUCACGAAAACAUGUACAGGUCACAUGUCACACUAAAAGCAAAAUACUUCAAUAUGUGUCGUAUUUAGAAUGAAGUAGGCAUAUUUGAACAAAAUGAAGCUUACAACACUUUAUAUAAUAAAGUCUUAUUCAUUAACAUGAGUUUUGCAUAAUGAACUAACAAUGAGCAACUUAUUUUACAGCAUGUAUUGAUAUUUGUUAGAGGGCUGGGCGAUAUCGAACAUCCAAAGUAUCGGUAUUUUGCCACGAGCCACAGUAUUCGACUGAUAUCUCGGUGUUUUUUGCUGAGUGGAAAACAUGUUUACAUGAAAGUCAAAGCCCCAUGAGAUGUCACAGUAACCUUUAUUAUAACAGUGCAUUAUGAAAAAGAAGAAAGACAGGGAGUACCUCCCUAUUUGAAAAUAUACGCAAAGUAUGCUUACAUCUGACCUCAGUGUACAUUUUUAUCAGAGCUUCUGUUGCAAAAAAAAGAAGGGUCAUAUAUCAGACCAUACCGAUAUUGACGAUAUAUCCCAUAGAGGGGGGAUGCUGACACCAUAUAUUGGCAGACCUCGAUAUACUGCACAGCCCUAAAUGUGUAUGGGAAUGAAGUUGUUCAUUGUACAUUUAGGUAAGUUCAUUGUGUAAUUAUUACUAAUGUUAACACAUACUAUGUUUGAUUUUAAAUAUGUGUUCGUAAAUGUUGAACAUGUGGUCCACUAAGAUUAAUUCAUGCUGUGUACGUCUUGUUUUUUGUUAGUUUAUUGCAUUUAAAUUUGUACUUCACUUAAAGGUUGUACUCAGUGGUGUAGUUGUGUCUGGAGAAGUGGGUAUACUCUUAAUUUAUGCCCCCAGUAGAAGUGGGUAUACCCCAUGCCAUCAAAUAAAGAGGCGGGUAUACUCCGUAUACCUGCGUAUACCCUGCACUACACCACUGGUUGCAGAGGUGUAUAAUACUUAAGUAUUUUAGUUACAUUUUCCAAGCAUCUAUGCUUUAUCAGAGUGUUUGUCUUGGGAAAAAAUUUACUUUUCUUUACUAAAAAAUUUUCACUACAUUCUAAAGCAUAAAAUCAUGCUGUGUAUUCAUUAUAUAUUGCAUAUUAAAAUUGAUUUAAUGCAUAAUUACAGAAAAAUUGUGUACUUUUACUUUCUUGAGUGAAAGUACGAAUUUUUUUUACUUAAGUAAAAGUACGAAAAAUUACUAGAUGUUUAAUGUACUUAAAUAUUAAAUAUAAACCAAAAACUUGAAAUUAUGAAAUGUAGUGGAGUAAAAAUUAUGAUAAUAUGUUUUGGAAUGUUUGUUUUCCAAAGAAAAACACUAAUAAAGUACGAAUUUUUUAUUUUAUGUAGAAAGUAAAAAUACUUAAUUUCUAUACAACUCUGACUGGUUGUACUUCACUAUGGUAUUUGCGAUUGUGCAUGCUUUGUGUUAUUGAAGAUGUGUUUGUUUGUGAACAUGUAAAAAUGAAAAUUGCAUUAAUUUUUAAUAGUGAUUAGUGAUAUUUGUACAAUUUAAAUUUAAUUUAUAUAUUUUUAAUCCCCCAAUAAAUGUUUAUUUUCCUUAAAUUUGUUGUCUGUAAUGGAAAAAAGUUUGAUGUAAAGCCAAGGUGUGACAGACAGUAAAAUGACCAAUCAUUGUUCACAUUAAUUUGUUACACACAACAACCCUCUGGUGUGCAGAAAAAUCUGUCAUUUACAGUAUUUCUUGUAGAUAUUUUUUUAACUUAAAAAUGGUAUGUUUAUAAAAUUAUGCAUAAGAAAUGUUUAUUUAGUUUCAGCAAUUUUCUCUCAUUUUGUUUGUCUCUUUGUUUUCAGUUUUGUCUCUCAUUUACUGUAAUUACAUUUGUGUUAUUUCGGCCUCAUAUCUGCCAGUCUGCCACACUACAUUCUCAAUUUUGGCAUCGAUAGGGCUGUCACAGUUAUGAAAUUUGUCUGAUAUGGUUAAUUGUCUAAUAAAUUGUGACGAUUAAUUGCCUGUUUUAGCACUUUGCCGAUUAUGACGAUAACUUGUCUGUUUUGUUGCUUUGAUAUUUAAGUCUCAUACAUUUUUUUUGUUUGUUCAUAAAAUAUUCACACAUUGUCGUGAUUAUUUAAAUAUUUUGCAAGAUUUGCCUGGCAGUAAAUAUGAAUACACAUAACACAUAUUAAAAGUAAUUAUUUUA